CAAACCGAAAAAUUUGUUUUUUUUCAUUAUUUUCCCGUUUUCCCCCUCAAGACUAAAAUGGUGUGAUUUCAGGAUGUAAUUUCGCUAAUCAUUUUAGAGAAGUGGAGAACUAUUGCUUCGGUAGGAAGAAAUUCUCGUUAGAGCGUAAAUGCAGAAAAAAAAUAUCCAUGCAAUGAUUACUUCGGCCAAGUAUCUUUCUGCGCAUUUCAGGUGAUCGAUUUAACAAGCCUUUUUGAAAACAUAAUUUUAUCAUAGGCCACAUGCAAGUAACGAAUUCAGGUACUAGCCACAUGAUGUUAAGUCGUUGUCCACGUAAAGACUAAUCAAGAUUAAAGUAUUUUCGAUCAAUACACUCUUUGAAUUUAUGUCUUCUGAGGAAUCGUGAUUUAUGGAUUCUCAUUAUACCAUACUUCAACUAAUGCAUUAUUUCAGUAAUUCAUGCUCGACAUUCUCAGCGUCACGCCUUGCAUUCUCCUCAAUAAAAUGGUUCAAUUUUGCAUCCUCAGCCUUGCUUUCAGCAACCUUCUUUCUAAGUUCAGGAAUCUCGGCAUUCCUGGCCUCAAGCUCAGAUUACUUUUAGCGUUCUUAGCCUCAAAUUCAGCGAGCUUCCUUCUAAGAUCAGUAUUUCUCAUCUUUAAGCUCAGCAUUCUUGUUCUUAAUCUCAGAAAACUUCUCCCUUACUAGUUCGCAAAUCUCAGCAAAGAGUUUGGCAUUUAAUUCCUUUAAUGCAUCUCUGGAUUGAGUGUUUGACAUAAUUAAUAAAAUUUAUACAAGAAUGUGAAUUAUUC